GAAGUGCCAACCGUGUGUGAGCUUCAUUCUUAGCACCAUCACCAUACUAUCGAAGAGACGCCGCCAUGUCGAAGUCGAGAAAGGUCAGGGAGCCAAAGGAAGAAAAUGUCACCCUUGGACCUGCUACCCGUGAAGGAGAGCUUGUAUUUGGUGUGGCACACAUCUUUGCAUCGUUCAAUGACACAUUUAUCCAUGUGACUGAUAUCUCUGGGAGAGAAACCAUGGUCCGAAUUACAGGGGGGAUGAAGGUGAAGGCCGACAGGGAUGAAUCCUCUCCCUAUGCAGCUAUGCUUGCUGCACAAGAUGUUUCUCAGAGAUGCAAGGAGCUUGGGAUUAAUGCUCUUCACAUAAAGUUGCGGGCUACAGGAGGUAACAAGACCAAGACUCCUAGUCCAGGAGCCCAGUCUGCUCUAAGAGCUCUUGCUCGGUCUGGCAUGAAAAUUGGUCGCAUUGAGGAUGUGACUCCGAUUCCAACUGAUAGCACCCGUAGAAAGGGCGGUAGAAGGGGAAGAAGACUGUGAUCUCGGCAAAAUGGAUUAUUAUGCAAUUGUUCAAGUUUUGUUUUUUGGUCGACAGUUUUGAUGAUUUCGGGCAUCGUUUUACGACGCAUAUCGUGUUUCUUUGAUGGAGUAUUUUAUAUAAAGUGAAUUGGAAUUUACUUGUGUUCUGUUAUUGCAAAAGCAUUGGUCUCUGCUCUUGAGGUUCAUGGCCAUAGAUUAUAUU